CUUUAGCUUUAUUGUGUUUUAUGUAGGUGGGGAUGUCUUUGUUUCUUUGUUCUGUGACAAUGUCUCACUGUAUAGACCCUGGAGCUCGUGAUGUUGACCAGGUUGGCACUGAGCUCAGAGAUUCACUUGUCGCCUCCUCCCAAGUGCUGGAUCAAAGGUGUGCGCUGCCACUGCCCAGCAUUGCUCUAGGUAUUUUGUUUUUGGGUUUUUUUGUUUGUUUGUUUUUAUUUUUAUGGUUUUUUGAGAUUCACUAUAUAGUGAAAGAUGAUCUGAAACACUGGAUCCUUCUGCCUUUGCCUCCUAAGCGCUGAGAGGACAGGUGUACACUGUCCUCCUGGGUUUAUGCAGUGCUGGUGACCCAACCCAGGGCUUCAUGCAUGCUAGGCUAGCAUUCUGCCAACUUAGCUACACACCCAACUCCAGAAUAUCACUUUAUUUAUUUGUGUUUGGUUGAUUCAUUAUUUCUUUAUUUAUUGUUUUUUUUUUUCCCCUGUCCCUCUCCCCUAUUUAUUGUUUUUUGAGACAGGGUUUCUCUGUGUAGCUUUGACUGUCCUGGACUCACUUUGUAGACCAGUCUGUCUCUGCCUCCCUGAGUGCUAGGAUUACAGGCGUGCACCUCCGUACCCGGGUCAGAAUAUCACCGUAAAAAGAUUCCAUCUAUAGCCAGGUGUGGUCAAGUAUACAUUCAGUCCCAGAGGUGGCAGAGGUGGAGGGAUCUCUGAGUUUGGCCCCUCUACGUGGUGAGUUCCAGGCCAUCCAGGCUACAUAGUGAGACCUGUCUCAAAAAAAAUAAAAUAAUUUCUUCCACAGCCCACAGUCUGUGUUCUGCUUCCAGGGUGAGUCAAGAAGGGUCCUUGCUAGGGUCAGAUUGUCUUGCACUCAUGCUGUUUCUGUCUUUGCAGUCUCUUCUAUGGUGGAUACCAGUACAAAAGGCAUUUUGGAGGCAGCCUGCAGGUCCCGGCUCUGGAAUCCGAGAGAAACUGGAGCUUCCGGUGGUACACGUGAGCUGGAAUGACGCUGGUGCUUACUGCACGUGGAGGGGGAAACGGUUGCCUACAGAAGAGGAAUGGGAGUUUGCGGCCCGAGGGGGCUUGAAGGGUCAGCUUUAUCCAUGGGGCAACCGGUUCCAGCCCAACCGCACCAACUUGUGGCAGGGAAAGUUCCCCAAAGGUGACACAGCUGAAGAUGGUUUUCAUGGACUGUCACCAGUGAAUGCUUUCCCCCCACAGAACAACUAUGGACUGUAUGAUCUCAUGGGCAAUGUGUGGGAAUGGACGGCGUCCACAUACCAAGCUGCUGGCCAGGACAUGCGUGUCCUCCGGGGAGCAUCAUGGAUUGACACAGCAGAUGGCUCAGCCAAUCACCGUGCUCGGGUCACCACCAGGAUGGGCAACACUCCGGAUUCAGCCUCAGACAACCUAGGCUUCCGUUGUGCUUCCAGUACAGGCCGACUGAAGCAGGAUCUGUGAGCACCCAGGCAGAGCUGGAGAAAAUAGCCCCCAUCCUCAGUACUGUGUCUCCCUGACCAUGUUCCAGAAGCAGCUGGAUACCACCUUCUUCAUCAGUCUUGGGGAUGGCCUCCCUUUGAGCCCCUUCCCUCUGACCAGCACCUCCUAAGGACAGAAGAACACUCAACCUUAAGAGGAGACUACAGUAGCCUGGAAGAGGAGGGCCUGGAUGGGCAAGGCUGGGAGCUGGUGCUUCUCUGAAUCCCAGUAUAAAGGACAAAGGAAUCAAACACAUUAACCACAUUAAUAUGUAGAGCAAUCCUCCAAAAGACAGUGGUUUUAAGUCUUUCCCUUUUGCUUCCUCCCUAUCUGAUUCAACUUUCACUCUUCCUGAGAAGGUCUGUAGAAGGAAAAACACUUCCUUCAUGACCUGGUGCCUGAAGCCCUUCUGAAGAAACCUAACCUCCCUGUGUCAUUUGAAGCAGGGUAUUUACCCUGUAGCAAGGCUGGUCUCAAGCCCUCAGUCCUCUUACCUCUACUUCCUGCGUGCUGGGAUUGUACACAGGGCCCAGUGUUAGAACACUAUGGUAGAGCAAGUUAUUUACGAGGUGAAGCUGUGCAUUGUGGGAGUCAGUACUCCUCUAGGAAGACAAAUGUCAGAAACUUCUCUGAGCACUAGUUUUGUAGAGGCUUCUGCGUACCUCUGCAAACAUGUCCCUGAAGAAGAACUGGAUUUCUUUAGGUCAAUAAACUCUUCAUUUAUGUA